AUGUUAAUAUUUCUGAUAUUUUACAGAAAUGCCAAAGCUUUAAAGAUCCACCACUGUAUAACAAUAAUCCAUAUACCGUUUAUUCUGAUAAUUUUAUCAAAGCAUUCUUAAUCCCUAAAUUAAUCCAAGAAGCAAAAGGAGGCACAUCAAUUUUAGAUCUUUCAGAAUCGGAAUACAAUUCAUCUGAACAAGGAUAUGAUUCUGAUUCUGUUGAAUUAGAUAUUAAAGAUUCAGAUAGUUUUGAACCAUAUGUAUUUCUUUUGGGAUCUAGUGGAUCUAAUUCACCAGGAUCUCCUCAAGGAUCUGAUACACUCUCAGAUGAUUG